GUUAUGCUUUUGUAAAGAAAGUUUGGUUAUGUGACCUGAUGUCACAUGUUUUUCCAAAAUUGCAAUUGGUAAAUAUUAAUUUGUGUGUUGUUUAUUCUUAAGUUUAACAAUCAUGCUACUCUUUCAAAGUAGUUAGAUACAUUAUAAAAGUGGUGUUCUAUUAGUUAUUAGCCAUGGAGGGUGGCAAAUUCCAUAAAGAUUUUCGAGGCCUAAACUCGGUGAAGCCUCAGUCGUUGACAUUUGGAUUAUUAUCAUAUGAUGAUAUAGUGAAUCUAAGUGCUACGAAAAUUAUUACUCCUAUGACGUUUGAUCCGCUUGGACACCCAAUUCCUGGAGGUUUGUAUGAUCCGAUGAUGGGACCUGUCAAAAGGGAUGAUAAAUGUCCAACUUGUGGCUACACCUAUAAUGAUUGUGUUGGACAUAUGGGAUACAUUGAUCUUCCAGUUCCAGUAAUUAAUCCUCUUUUUCAUUCCGCAGUCAAUUUUUUAAUGAUGAGUUCUUGCAACAAGUGUUAUUCUGUAGUGAUACCGUUUUCUAAGAAAAUCCUUCUAAUCAAUCAACUAAAGUUACUCAAUCAUGGGUUUGUUAAGGAAGCAAUAGAGCUUGAAUCAAUAUUCAAUGAUGAGGUUGAAGGUAAGGAGAGGAAGUCUGAUAAUCUCCUCCUGAAUGAAUUAGAAAAACAUGUCGAGCAUAUUCUAAAAUCAAGCAACAGUCUUUUGCUGCCUGAAGUAGUUGAGAUCCGUUCUAUGCAACAGUUGCAUGACCAGUUCAUAAGUAAUGGUUUUCAAAGUACUAGAAAAGCAGAUUGUCCUCAUUGCCAUCAACGUUACCAGAAGGUUAAAGUCCUGAAAAGGCAGUUAAUCGCAAAUGUUACAAUGGAAGUUGCAGAUAAAUAUGGAGAUAAAGGAAAUUCCAAAAAAGUUACUGAAGCAGGUCAGACUUACAUCACUCCAUCAGAAACUCUGAAACAAUUGAGACAAGUCUGGAACAAAGAUAAGAGUCUCCUAAGUGAGUUAUUUCCUGUUCUGAGAACCACUUCAUCCAAGACUCCAACGGAUUUGUUUUUCUUUCUUAUUGUACCUGUUACUCCUUGCUGCUACAGACCUGUAAAAUUUUUAAAUGGUAUAAUCAGUGAAAAUAUUCAGAAUAAACUUUAUAAGACGAUUUUAGAUGAUUGUCUUGUUAUAAGAAGCAUUAUUCACGUGAUGAAUAAUCCAGAGUCUGAUAGCCUUUCACUUGAGCAUAGAGAACUGAUCUCCAGGAUUCGUGGCUCCACAUACUCCGAGAAAUUGCAAUUUUCUUGGCAUGGCUUGCAAGGUCAUUGUGAUUUGUUGGUAGAAAGUAACAGAAGCUCGUAUGGCUCAUUGGCUGAUGUCAAUCUAUUAGGUUUGAAACAACUGAUUGAAAAGAAGGAAGGGCUUAUCAGAAAAAAUAUGAUGGGAAAGAGGGUCAAUUUUGCUGCGCGAUCGGUUAUAACACCCGACCCAAAUUUGAAUAUCGAUGAAAUCGGUGUACCAGACGCGUUUGCUAAAACUCUGACCUAUCCUGUUCCUGUCACAUCAUGGAAUGUCAAGUCUUUGCGGAAAAUGGUGAUGAAUGGACCAAAUGUUCAUCCAGGUGCUGUUCUUAUAGUAACAGAAGAGGGUGAACGUAUCAGAAUAAGCCCUGAUAAUCCUACCCACAGAGAAAGUUUGGCCAACAGGCUCUUGACUCCGGGAAGUAGUAAAACAAAAGGCAUGAAAAUUGUUCAUAGGCAUUUAACAGAUGGUGAUAUUCUCCUAUUAAAUAGGCAGCCAACAUUGCAUAGACCCAGUAUAAUGGCUCACAAGGCACGCAUACUAAAAAAUGAAAAAACACUGCGUCUUCAUUAUUCAAACUGCAAGUCAUACAAUGCUGAUUUUGAUGGUGAUGAAAUGAAUGCUCACUUUCCACAGAACGAAUUGGCGCGUAGUGAAGCAUAUAAUCUUGUUAAUGUGAGCAAUCAGUAUCUUGUACCAAAGGAUGGAACGCCUCUGGGAGGUCUCAUACAGGAUCACAUAAUCUCAGGAGUGCGCAUGUCAAUUAGAGGCAGAUUCUUCACACGUAGUGACUACAUGCAACUUGUCUAUCAAGCUCUGCCCUACAUUCACGGCAAUCUAGUGCUACUGCCACCAACUAUUCUCAAGCCUGUCCAGCUGUGGUCUGGAAAGCAAAUUAUAUCGACUAUCAUUCUAAAUGUUAUUCCCAAAGGAAAAGUGCCCAUAAAUUUAGUUUCUACAUCAAAAAUCAGCUUCAAAGCUUGGCAGAAAGGCAAGCCAAGACCAUGGAUUGCUGGCGGUACUCCUUUCACAAAUCCUAUCACAAUGACUGAAGCCGAAGUUAUCAUUCGUAAUGGAGAGUUGCUGUGUGGUGUUUUGGACAAAACACAUUAUGGUGCCACUCCCUACAGUUUAGUGCACUGUCUCUAUGAGCUGUAUGGUGGAACCUGCUCCACAAAUCUUCUUAGCUCUUUCGGAAAGCUUUUCACAUCGUUUCUGCAGAUACAUGGUUUCACUCUGGGUGUGAAAGACAUUCUUGUGAAUGAAAAAGCGGAUGCAGAGCGACUGAAACAUGUGAAGGAUGUGAGAGAAGCUGGUAUCAUAGCUGCAACUCAGGCGCUAGAACUGCCACCGGACACAGAUCGCCAAACUCUGAAAGCAUCACUGGAAGAAGCUUACAAGAAAGACAAGAAGUUCAGUGCCCUGAUCGACAGACAAUACAAAAGUUGUCUGGACUCCUACACGAAUCGGAUAAACUCUGCGUGCAUGCCUGAGGGACUGAUCGAAAGUUUCCCUGACAAUAAUUUGCAGUUGAUGGUGCAGUCGGGAGCGAAAGGAUCGACGGUCAACACUAUGCAGAUCUCAUGUCUUUUGGGUCAGAUCGAGUUGGAAGGCAAACGUCCCCCCCUGAUGGUAUCGGGCCGAUCGUUGCCCAGCUUCCCCCCCUACGAGGUGUCCGCCAGGGCCGGUGGUUUCAUUGAAGGCCGAUUCAUGACUGGAAUCCAACCGCAAGAAUUCUUCUUCCAUUGUAUGGCUGGAAGAGAAGGCUUGAUCGAUACAGCCGUGAAAACUAGUCGCAGUGGUUACCUGCAGCGGUGUCUGAUCAAACAUCUGGAAGGAAUCACCGUAAACUACGACCAAACAGUGCGAGACAGCGACGGAUGUGUCAUUCAGUUCCUGUACGGAGAAGAUGGCAAGGAUGUCACCAAGUCCCAGUUCUUCAAAGAUCAGCAGAUUCCCAUUUUGGUCGAAAAUCGUGAUGCUGUUUUGAACCGUGAUAACAUAGAGCAUUUGGAGCGUGUAACCAAUAUGGAUGUUAUCCAUGAGCAUCGUAGGAAGAUGAAAAGGUGGCUGAAAUUUGUAAAGAAACAUGACUUAAAAGGCAAGAUUAGGCUAAAUCCUUUCACACUAUUUAGUGCGACCGAACAACCCAGUCAUGAAUCAAACAAGAGCAUGAAGAAGUCCAGCCGCACUGUACGAAAUCACUCAUUGGUCAAGAAAUGGCGCAGUUUGGAUGAAGACAACAAAUCCAAGUACAUUGAAAAGAUAAAAGCAAAACCAGAUCCUCUGACAUCAAUCUUGCAACCUGAUCGACACUUCCAAGUGAUAUCGGAAAAGUUGGAUGAGCUGAUUGAUAAUUACUUGAAAAACAACAGUUGCGGCGGUAGAGGAGAGGCGGAGGUGCGGGAGGUGGUGAGCGUGUGGUCGAUGCAGUCGAUGUGCGCGGGCGGGGAGCCAGUUGGCAUCCUGGCGGCGCAGAGUGUCGGCGAGCCCUCCACGCAGAUGACACUCAACACAUUCCACUUCGCUGGCCGAGGCGAGAUGAACGUCACCCUCGGCAUCCCCCGGCUGCGGGAGAUCCUCAUGAUGGCCUCCAAGAACAUCAAGACACCAGCCGUCGAAGUGCCCUUCCUCAUGCAUGUUCCCAAAAUUGAGAAGAAAGCGGAACGUUUGAGGAAGAGAUUGACGAGGAUCACAGUAGCCGAGGUGCUGCACUACUGCACUGUCACUGAACGACAGAUAUUGCAGGAGCCCAAGCGAAUUCAGUUGUAUGACAUCCGUUUCAACUUCCUGCCAAAGCAUUGCUACAAGGACAAGACGCACAUUGGACCCGAGGAAAUUAUCAAGCAUAUAGAAGAUAAAUUCAUUCUAGAAAUUGUCAACCUGGAGAGGAAAAAGAGAGAUAUUCGCAGGAAAGAAGAUUUUGUUUCGUCAGAAGGCAGAUGUGAUAUUUCACUUUAUGCGUUGCAGUUCCAUGAGAGCAGGAUGCAAAACGACUUGGUGAGAGAUGUGAACAGAGAUACGGACAACUCUGAAGACGAAGAUGACCCUGGUGACGGAGACGCUACCUCUGCCAGAAUCAAAGCUCGUAGAGUAGAAGAACAAGAGUAUGAUGACCCCGAAGAAGAAGAAAAUCUAUCAGACGAUGAUGAAGACGAAGAUAAAGAUAGUGUAACGAGAGAAAAAGAUGAUGAAAGCGGAGCUAGUGAUGAAGAGAAGGAAGAAAAUACUAAAGAAGAAUCAAAAAAGAAACUAUCAACUCAAGAAGUGGAGACUAGGAUAAAGAAAGUGAAAUGGUUGUCUACAUGCAUCGAGGAUUACAAAUUUGACGUGGAAAAGUCACUGUGGUGUCAAGUGACGGUUGGCUUCCCACACAGCCACGGUCGAAUCGACUUUGCCAGUGUGCUGCGCGAGCGAGCCGCCGCAUCAGUCAUCCACGAGGUGGCCGGCAUCAACCGCGCGUUCACCUUCAAGAACAAGGACACCAUCAUGCUCAAAACCGACGGUCGCAACUUCUCGCAAAUGUUCCGCCACUCCACCCUGCUCGAACUCAGCAAGCUCUACUCCAACGACAUUCACAGCAUUGCCAAGACGUACGGCAUUGAGGCUGCCGCCAGGCUUAUAGUCAAGGAGGUUCAAGAAGUGUUCAAGGUUUACGGAAUCGUGGUAGAUCCGCGCCAUCUGCUGUUGAUCGCCGACUACAUGACGUUCGACGGCACGAUCCAGCCGCUGAACCGAGUGGGCAUGCGCGGUGGGUUGUCGCCUCUGCAGCAAAUGUCGUUCGAGGCUUCGACCAACUUCCUGAAGACGGCCAUCCUACAGGCCAAGACUGAUUCGCUGCAGUCGCCGUCAAGUCGGCUGGUUGUCGGUCAGCCGUGUCGCACGGGUACCGGAGCCGUCGACGUCCGAAUGGCUACCAGCGUUUUCCUUAGCUCAUAGUAGUGAAUCUACUUCAAUUGUAAUUGUCUUGUUUUUAAUAAAGUAAGGUUCUAUUUUAUCAAUA